UCAGUCAUCUCAGGAGCUGAGGACUUCUGAACGCAUCCUUUAGCAAUCUAUUAAAAAAUUGGACAUCUAAGAAUCACACAUCAUCUCAGUCUAAAGAAGACUGGUGAUGGCAGCAAAAGUGGAUGAAAACUGAUGGCCAAAAAUGCAAACUCAAAUGAGUUCUUUAAAGAUGGGAUUUUAUAUAACAUUGAGCAGGAUCACCAAUUUCUUCAACCAAAGAGCAACUUGAACAGGAAUUCUCUUUGAAUCUGCUGCCCUAAAUCUGCUGGACUACUAAAUAUUAUUGCUUCGCAGUGCUGGAUGCCUAGAAUAGGCAAAGAGAAGGAAGAGAAUGGCGAAGAUUUGUACAGAGCAAUCCUACCCAUCCAGACACAGGCUCUCAGUCCGAGCCUCUGAAGAUGAACUGGACCAGACUGAAAACAGUGCAAGCAGGGCACAUUCUCUUUGUGAGGACAACUCCUCUGACAUGCAGGGAAUCAUUUCUUCUGCAACCAGCCAGUUUCAGGAAUCCAGGAGAAGCUCUUUCACAGGUGCUGGGGCUAUGGCAAGGCUCACCCAGUUUCUGGUAAUGCUGAGGAACUGGGCAUCGCACAGGCUUCGUAGAGAGGUUGAGCGUCCCGACUCCUUUUUAGAGCGAUUCCGUGGACCUGACCUCAAAGACUUAUCUAGCCGAGGAAGUAAUGCCCGAUCCUCUAUAGGCCUUCCUGACAGGCCUCAUAAGAGGAACAAAAAGGAGGACAAAAAGGAAGAAAUAAAAAAAGAUGAGAAAAAAGAUGAAGACAAGAAGGAAGAGAAAAAAGAUGAGAAGGAAGAGAAAAAAGAUGAAAAGGACGAGAAAAAAGAUGAGAAAAAGGAUGAAAAGAAGGAUGAUAAGAAAGAUGAUAAAAAGAAAGAUGCUCCUCCUCCGCCGAAAGAGGUGUGGAUCAUGGACCCAGCCUCAGACAAGUAUUACAGAUGGCUUUCAAUCAUAGCAGCCCCAGUGUUUUACAACCUGAUGAUGCUGGUGACAAGGGCCUGUUUCAAUGAGCUUCAGAACUCUUACACAAUGCUGUGGAUCAUCAUGGACUAUACGUCAGAUGUAAUCUAUUAUGCAGACACAUUUGUCAGAUCAAGAACAGGCUUCUUGGAGCAGGGUCUCCUUGUCAAAGACUCUAAGAAGUUGAUGGAUCAUUACAGGAAAAUCCCACAGUUUAAAUACGACAUGAUUUCAAUGAUCCCGACGGAUUUAAUAAUGCUAAAAGUGGGCUUCAACAAUCCUGAACUUCGCUUCAACCGCCUUUUCAAAAUGGCACGUCUCUUCGAGUUCUUCGACCGCACAGAAACCCGCACAAACUUCCCGAACAUUUUCCGCAUCAGCAACCUCGUACUUUACAUCCUGAUCAUUAUUCACUGGAACGCUUGUAUUUUCUUUGCUAUUUCCAAAACGAUUGGUUUUGGGACUGACACGUGGGUAUAUCCAAACAUCAGCCAUCCAGAAUACGGCCGCUUGGCCAGAAAAUACAUCUACUGUCUGUACUGGUCCACUCUUACCCUCACCACCAUCGGAGAAACGCCACCGCCUGUUAGAGACAUCGAAUACUUGUUUGUUGUCAUGGACUUCCUCAUCGGAGUGUUGAUUUUCGCCACCAUCGUCGGUAACGUCGGCGCCAUGAUCUCCAACAUGAACGCUUCUCGUGCUGAUUUUCAGGCCAAGAUCGACUCCAUCAAGCAGUACAUGCAGUUCCGUAAGGUCAGCAAAGACCUGGAGGCCAGGGUCAUCAAAUGGUUUGACUACCUUUGGACGGAGAAGAAGACUUGCGAUGAGAAGGAAGUCUUGAAGAAUCUUCCAGACAAGCUCAAAGCUGAAAUAGCCAUCAAUGUCCAUUUAGAUACACUGAAGAAGGUGCGAAUCUUCCAGGAUUGUGAAGCUGGACUUCUUAUAGAGUUGGUGUUGAAGCUGCAGCCUCAGGUGUUCAGUCCUGGAGAUUACAUAUGUAAAAAGGGUGACAUUGGUCGAGAAAUGUACAUCAUCAAAGAAGGAAAGCUUGCCGUGGUGGCUGAUGAUGGCAUCACGCAGUUUGUGGUGCUCAGUGACGGCGCUUACUUUGGAGAGAUCAGUAUCCUAGGAAUCAAAGGCAGUAAAGCCGGAAACAGAAGAACGGCGAACAUUCGUAGCGUCGGCUAUUCGGACCUCUUUGCGCUGUCUAAAGAUGACCUUGUGGAAGCACUUACUGAAUACCCAGAUGCCAAAAAAGCCCUGGAGGAGAAAGGAAAGGCCAUCUUGAGGAAGGACAACCUUCUUGAUGAGGCGGUUGCAUGCGCCGGUGCUGAUCCCAAAGAUCUGGAAGAGAAGAUUCAGCGCCUAGAGAACAACCUUGAAGUCAUGACCGGCAAGUUUGCCAAGCUUAUGGGAGAAUACACAUCCUACCAGAGCAAGAUGAAGCAGAGGAUCACCAACAUGGAGAACAAAGUGAAAACAAUUCGGGUGGAAGAUCUGUCUGAGGUUGUUGAGGACAAAAAAGAAGAAGAGAAGAAGACAAAAUAGUCAACAGCAUAGACAUUGGGGUUAAUGGGGUUUCCUAUCCAUGUACAUAUUUCUUAACAUAGUACAUUACUUUUAAACUGUUUAUACUUAUAAGUUUUACAUGACAAUGUUGUACUAAUUGCCAUAUAUAUGUGUUGAAAUGUAAUGCUGAUGUUAUAUUUAUUCUAUAUGUGCAGUAAGAACAGCUCAGAUGACAGAGUGGAGGAGAGAGAUACACUACUAUUCAAGAGUUUGGGGUUUUUAAAAUGUUUUAGUAUUUUUUUAGUGCUGUCAAACGAUUAAUCACAUCCAAAAUAAAAGUUUUUGUU